GCGGAGACUUAUUAGGCUCAACCGAAUUAUCAGUGUAAGUGGACAAGUUAUCUUUAAACCCAAUCUAAUAAAAUCAAACAAACCAUAUCCUCCAAUUUUCCCCUCUCUCUCUGAAGCCAGAAAUCUUCAAUCGCCAGAUUCGUCGUCUCGGGUUGACGGAGAAGAAGAGAAGAUAUGGCGGUUACUAUGAAACAUAUGUCGUUAAUCGUCUCUUUGUUUGGCGUCCUCUCGUUUGUUCUUGGAGUGAUCGCGGAGAAUAAGAAGCCUGCGUCUGGGACUCCAAUAAACGGAAAGGGAGUGAUUAUCUGCAAAUAUCCAUCUGAUCCAACUGUUGCCUUGGGAUACCUUUCUGCUGCUUUUCUCCUUGCCUGCACUGUAGCAGGAUACAAAUCCUUGUUCAUCUCUUACAAGGGAAAGUCUGUUCCUAACUCUGUCUUGUUUAAAAGCACCAGCUUCUCUGUGUUCUUCAACAUUGCCUUGAUAACAUCUGGAUUGGCAUUGUCUCUAUUGCUAUGGCCAACCAUUACAGAGCAGCUUCACUUGACCCGUAAUGUCCAUCGGAACUUAGAGACCAGUUGCCCCACGGCUAAGACCGGUCUGCUUGGUGGAGGUGCCUUUGUGUCAUUGGACUCAUGCCUUUUCUGGUUGGUCGCUCUGAUGCUCGCUGAUAACGCCCGUGAAGACCAUUUCGAUGAAGUUGAAAACAGAAACAUCGAUGGGAACUCUUCCUCCAGGGAUGUUAAUCUCAAGAUUGAUGCUUGAGAUAUUGAUUUGCUUAUUGCUAUUGGGUUUAACCAGGGUUUUUAAUAUUUUCUGCUUGUUUGAUUAGGAAAAUAAGAAAUCGUUUCUUCUGUUUUUCUUAUAUAUAUAUUUUUUUUUUUUUAGUUUGAUUUUAAAGAUGCUAUGAACCUUCUCUGAGCAGCAUUGAUCCACUUGUCAUUCUUAAGUUGUAUAUAUCUACUCAGAUUCUUGAUUAAAUAUUAUUUUGGAUUUGGGUUU